AUGGACGAUCUCUCCUCUAUUCCACAGGCUGGCAGCAAAGCCAUGGCGUCGGAACUCGCUGGCUUGCACCUAGUCCAGUGUAGUCGCACAUUAAAUGGAAUACCGGUCGAAAUACUCAGUAAGAUCCUGGAGUACGUGGUUGCAGACGAAGUUCAUGUCUGCGUCGAUCAUCAUGAGGACAAGACCGGUACGAAGCCAUGGGUGCCGGACCUGAUGCUCGUCUCCGACAAAUUCAACGUCACGGCGAAGAAGGCUAUCGCGAAGCAUGCACAGCUAUCAUUCUUCGACACUAGUCAGUUCGAAAUGCACUUCGAGGCCAUUGAGAAUCACGGUGCGCAAGAAAACUGGAGGGGACACCUACGAUUGACGAAAUUUCCGGAAUAUCUCGUCAGUGAGGCAUCUCGGCUCACUAUCAUUCAGGGCAAUAUGUAUUGCAACCAUCUGGACGUUGGCACCUUUCCGAAAUUGCGCAAAGUCACGUUCUGGUUGGGCAGCAUCGAGACCUGGCCUUUCCGCGUCAGUCGCCUAAUGAUAGCAGUCUCCCGUGCCACGACCGAUUUCGUUGCCACACUCGGACAAAAGCUCACCGGAUUGGUCAGAGCGCUCGCCGAUGCAGACGUUCUGUCACCAGGUGAAGUCACAAUUCUCCUCAGCAUCUGUAGAGGGCGCUUGCUCGAAUGGACGGCGUCGGCAGCCGACGCCAAGAUGUCUGAGUUGAUGGUAUUCCAUGAAGCACUCAGAUUCCGCCUCGAGGCUGGCCCUGAUUCCACGGCGGCAUUGUUGAAGCGAAUCUGCGCGGUAGACUUCGGUAUCUGCAGAUCAAACAUCGGCGGACUCUCCGAUCAUACUGUUCUGAUAGCCGGUUUCACCACUGAAUCCGAUGGCAAAGGCAUCACAACAUUCGCAAACCUGUCUUUCCACAAAGACCGAACCGAGGUGGAUGUCAAUAGGACUGCUCUUGUGGCCGUUGUAGCAGAGCUGGAGUCCAAGCUAAACGGCUGA